AUUGGGCCCACUCUAUUUAAUUGUCAACUGCAUAACCGACACCGGAAGUCUUAUGAUAGACGAUCUAUCAGUUUACCAUUUUAGUUAUCGAGCGUACGAGAAAUGCGAAUUGUAUUGGUGGCGAAAUGCACUCUUCAUACAAAAUCUCUUCACUCACGAGGAUAUGUGCAUGUUUUGGACCUGGUCUUCGGCAUGUGAUAUGCAAUUUUAUUUAAUUAGCACAAUUUUGCUCUUCGUUUAUGUGAAGCAACCGAAAGCGGCGCGAGUUCUUACGCUAUUCCUUGUACCAGCAAAUUUGGCGUACACCUUCUACAUCGGCCUGACCAUGAAUUUUCAAUAUUCAUUGGAAACCACCUUAACACUCUUCACCGAGCUCUACAUGCAUCCGCUGUCACGCGUCUUCGCUUACAUAAUUGGCGGUGUAGCUGGCUGGUAUUUCGUACAAAAUCAAAAGCAUCAACUCUAUGCGGGUUUCUUUCAGAAUCAAUCGUUGCAAGAGUUUCUCGGUUAUUUGGCGAUUAUCGUAUUCUUCACUUGCAAUUUUACAAUCUUCGCUUCGGGGUAUUCGAAUUUUUAUUACGUUUCGGUGUUGGUGUUGCACCGUUUGCUGUUUUCAGCGAGUGUUUGUUGUUUGAUAUUUGCAAAAGCUGCGGGUUGCGUAAAGUGGUUCUUUGCCAUUUUGGAGAAUCCAAUUUUCAAGAAAUUCAAUCAAAUCACCUAUGCUUUGUUCCUAAUGAAUCCAAUCGGUAUUCAAGUGGUGGCGGCAUUUGGCAAUGCAAGUGUCCCCUCUACACCGCUUAGAUUGUCAAUGGAUUAUAUUGCCUACUGUGCUAUUCUCUACUUUAUUUGCACGAUUUUAACCCUGUUAUUCGAGUUGCCCUACAAAAGUAUAUCAAGACUGAUGCUGCAGCACGCCAAAGAGAAGCUUAACUAA